UCUAUAGAUACAUAGGUUACGGUUGGCCGACAGACAAUAACGAAAACAUCAUUCACUUGCUCUUGGAAGCUGCUAAGCAACGACUCAAACGACAAGUCGAUAAGACGUUUGUGGAGCCUACGGAAGAAAUCCGCUAUUUGUGGAUACAACUCGUACAUGGGCUGUUGCGUCACAUACCCGAAAAUGGGAUCAUGCAAUCAGAUGCUGAAUUGUGCUUUUCGGUUUUACGGCUAUCGAUCACUGAUCCUUUUCCAGACGUACAAAAAGAAGGUGCGGCAAGCCUCAUCACGUUCAGCAAGCGACAAACAAAAGCGGUGGGGUUUAUGGGUGACCAUGCAAUUGGAGCGAUCAAGCCAUUGCUACUUCAUAAACAUGCUGCAAUCCGUGUAUAUGGUAUUGAGGCGGCCAAAGCGAUAUUGAGCGUUACGUCGCAAGGGGUACCACUGCUAUUCAUUUAUGACGAAGCAGACGAUCGACAAGCCAUUGUACCCAAUUUAGUUUUCGAUCAAUCCGCUGCGGUACGCACAGCUUUGUUUCAGGCCAUGGGCGAUUUAUUAGCCGAGUGGUCUCCUCGGGAUCGAUAUGCAUAUGCAGAUCAACUAUUACCUGUUUUGAUGGCCGGCACGUUUGACGAAUUGAGUCCGGUAAUUGAAACUAGCCAAGGCAAAUUAUCAAGGGUAGGAGAGAUAUGUACCGACGAUCUGGUUGCAGCCGAGAUCCUGGAGCAGCCUGCGGCGGGGGCUUCCACUGUCGGUCUGCAGCAUUUGGUACAUCACUGUUACGAUAAAGCGCUCAAAGAAUUACUCCAGGAAAGCACAGAGUUUAUUCUUGUGAAACAAAAAAAAGCUUUGGAGGUGUUACGACUCUUUGUGGAAUAUGCUACAGUGGAUGAUAUUGUGCGUAGCUUGAAGAAAAUACUCAACCGUCUCGUGAUGGUUUACGCAAAUGGCUCCUCGGAAAACAUUUUGUCCGUAAAGAUCAAAGAGAUUGCGCAAACCAUUGCUCAAAAGGUGCCUUCCCCGGAGAUCUACAUUGAGGUCUUGUUACCGCGUCUGGAAAAGCUGAAACUAAACAGUGAAUUGAAACCGGAAGCGACGGUGUCGGCUGUCGUAGCUAUCCUCGAUUUUCUUAUUCAAGAUACCAAGGCCGAUUCCCUUGGCGACGUAGCCAAGCAACGUAUCAUGUCUACCUUGUCGAAAAAUUAUAUUCAAGCUUAUCUGACCACCGAUGCUGGAGUCCAUGAUGCCCACUUGGAAUCCAUACGACGCCUGUUGAUGUAGUGCAAGCCAAGAAGCACAAGCCAACAUUUUUGAUUGUCAAAUUUGAAUUAGGCAUUCCUAUUUAGCAUAUUGCGUAUUAUCAUGCGUAUUCAUUUCAAUUUUCAUUAGAUAUAGAGGUUCGAUAAAAUCGCA